UAAAGUGCAGAAGGAGCAAAAAAAGGCACCUGACCCUUCGUCCUGUACGAAAUGGGGGAUAAGAGAAAAUAAAAACCCAAAAGAAAUGGGGAAUGAAAUCACCCAUCACUUAUUCUCUCUGUGGUUUCACGUUUCAGUCAAAUAUCUUCUGAACUUUUGCCAAUAAAUUUUCCGUCUUUAUACAACUUUACCUCCCUACUUCCUCCCUCCCUAUGCUCCUCCGCUCUGCAAUCUUGCAAUCUGCAUUAGGGUUCCCGCCCAACUCCAUCUCCCAAUCCAAUCCCAUCUGCAUUUCCACUGCGGGCUCUGUUCAUCUGGGUCGGGAUCGAACUCUCUGCAGAACGCCGGUGAGACGUUGAGUUUUGAAGCCUUUAUGCGUUGAAAUUUUGAUGGGUUUUCUACUUUUUUCUGCAUUGUGUUGCUGAAUUGUGACGUUGAUUGGAUUCUUGAACUCGAUCUUUCUGAACCCAUUACUGUAUGUUGCUUUGUAUUCUUGCCACUGUUGAUUUGGAUUGUAUAUUUUGAGUGUGGGUUUUUUCUUGCGAUUUGGGAAGGUUUGGUUUGGGUGUUUUUUUUGGGUUGGAGCUUGAAUUGGGUUUCUUUUGGUGAUUGAAGAAAUGGGUAUUGGAGGAACUGUUUGGUGGUUGUUGUUGUAGAGUAUAUUGUAGUCUGUGUAUUGGUUUCGUAAAGAUGAAGAGGCUGAAAGUUGAACCUUCGGUUGCGAGGAGGUUCAAAUUGCAGCAUUUGUUGUUUGGUAUAGCGGCAUUGUACUUGGUCUUCAUAUCCUUUAAGUUUCCCCAGUUUCUGGAGAUAGCAAACACGUUGAGCGGUGAUGAUGGUUAUGUUGGGUUGAAACUGGUCGAAGAUGUGGAUUUGAGUAAACCAUUAUUUAGUUCUGCUUAUAAGGAUACAUUUCAUCGCAAACUGGAAGACCAAAACCAAGAUGCGCCUGUGAGGCCUAGUAAGGAACCUUUGGAAGAGAGUAAAGGUGGAUCUAAGCCUAUAAAGCCACUACAGCAUCAAUAUGGUCGGAUUACUGGUGAGAUUAUGAGGCGAAGGAAUAGAACAAAUGAACUUUCGGUGCUUGAGAGGAUGGCAGAUGAGGCUUGGACAUUGGGUUUAAAUGCUUGGGAAGAAGUGCGUCAACUUGAUGGGAAGGAGAUUGGAGAGAGUUCUAUAAUUGAGGGAAAACCUGAGUCAUGUCCUUCAUGGUUAUCAAUGAGUGGGGAAGACUUGGCAACAGGAGAUAAGUUGAUGUUUCUUCCUUGUGGACUUGCUGCAGGUUCUUCUAUUACGGUGGUGGGAACACCCCAUUAUGCUCAUAAGGAGUAUGUGCCCCAACUUGCAAAGUUGAGGAGAGGUGAUGGAACAGUUAUGGUCUCACAGUUCAUGGUUGAGUUGCAAGGGUUGAAAUCCGUAGAUGGGGAGGACCCGCCAAAGAUUUUGCACUUGAAUCCACGAUUAAAAGGUGAUUGGAGUCAGCGGCCAGUCAUUGAGCACAACACCUGUUACAGGAUGCAAUGGGGAACAGCUCAAAGGUGUGACGGCUUACCAUUUAAGAGCAAUGAAGACAUGCUAGUUGAUGGAUUUGGGAGAUGUGAAAAGUGGAUGCGGAAUGAUAUGGCAGACUCAAAGGAGUCCAAGACCAAGACUACCUCAUGGUUCAAACGAUUCAUAGGGCGCGAGCAGAAGCCAGAAGUAACCUGGCCAUUUCCCUUUACAGAGGGUAGAUUGUUUAUCCUGACCAUACGUGCUGGUGUGGAUGGAUUCCAUGUUAGUGUCGGGGGCAGGCAUUUGACUUCAUUUCCAUAUCGAAUGGGUUUUACACUUCAAGAUGCAACUGGAUUAGCAAUUAAAGGAGAUGUUGAUGCUCAUUCUGUUUAUGCUACUUCUCUUCCCACUUCUCAUCCAAGUUUCUCACCUCAAAGAGUACUGGAGAUGGCAGAGAAGUGGAAAGCACAUCCUUUACCCAAGAGUCCUAUUCGACUGUUUAUUGGGGUUCUUUCUGCUACAAAUCACUUUGCAGAGCGCAUGGCAGUGAGAAAAACUUGGAUGCAAUCAUCAUCAAUUAAGUCCUCCAACGUGGUAGUCCGUUUCUUUGUUGCAUUGAAUCCAAGGAAGGAGGUAAAUCAAAUGCUGAAGAAAGAGGCUGCUUACUUUGGUGAUGUUGUUAUUUUGCCCUUUAUGGAUCACUACGAGCUUGUUGUUCUGAAAACCAUUUCUAUUUGUGAGUUUGGGGCUCAGAACGUGACAGCUGCGUACAUCAUGAAAUGUGACGAUGACACAUUUAUUAGAGUGGACACCGUCUUAAAGGAAAUUGAGGGCAUCCCUUCUAAAAAAUCCCUUUAUAUGGGCAAUCUUAACCUCUUGCAUCGCCCUCUCAGAAGUGGAAAAUGGGCUGUAACCUAUGAGGAGUGGCCAGAAGAAGUUUAUCCUCCAUAUGCCAAUGGCCCUGGAUAUGUAAUUUCCAUUGACAUUGCUAAAUUCAUCAUUUCUCAGCACGUUAGUCGUAGCCUAAGGCUCUUCAAGAUGGAAGAUGUGAGCAUGGGAAUGUGGGUUGAGCAAUUCAACAGUACCACAGCGGUCGUCCAAUACUCCCAUAACUGGAAGUUUUGUCAGUACGGGUGCAUGGAUAACUAUUUUACCGCACAUUACCAAUCUCCAAGGCAAAUGAUCUGUCUUUGGGACAAGUUGGCUAGAGGUCAAGCUCGAUGCUGUAACUUCAGAUGACACCAGGCAAUGUACUUCACCCUUCUUUCUGGUAUCCUCACGCUUGUGCCGAUUCUAUUAGUUUCGAUUGAAAGUACAAGCUCCUAACUAUGAAUCGCGGGAAAUGGUUUCUGUCAAAAUGAAUCAUCGAAGAGUAGUAUAGAUUGUGUUGUAAAAUGGGGAUGCUUGACAAAUUCUCCCCACCACCAUGACAUUGCUUGUACAUUAUGCUCAUGAUCUUGAGAUUUAACAGAAGAUUUACAAUGUCUUGUACA